AUGACAAAAUCGAAACGCACCGCCGACAUCUUUCAGGAGGGAUUGCUGUUGAAGACGCAAGAGCAACACGGCGCCAAUUCGAGGCAAAAAUCAGCAAAAAAAAAUGAUGAGCAAAUCGUCACCAAACGGGUGAUUGUUAGAGACGAGCGUGAAACCUUAAUUCCGAAACGGGGGCAAUUAUGUAUACCCAAAACUGUUUGGAAGAUUUUAAGGAAACGAAUUGGGUCUUUUUUUCAAAUGGCGAACUCGGAAGUGGUGAUGUUCGAGUUGAAAUAUCCACCGAUGUGCCUCCGCGUUUCGUACCAAAUUCCAAACCCGAAUUGA